CAUAAAAUUCGACGCUUUAUCGUCUAUGCCUUCUUCAGUGAAUUCACAAACAGAAACCGGCCGAGUAACAUUGCACAUCACGUUGAAGUGGCUUAGAAACACGAUUUUGUAAAAUUAAAAUUUAUUCAGAGUUUUAAGGUCGCAGCAGCUAUGUGGAGUAAAAUUUUGAGUUUUGUUUUACUGUUAUGGCAACAAAAUAAAUGUUUAGUGGACGCGUUAGACAAUGGUUUAGCAUUGACUCCACCAAUGGGAUGGAUGUCGUGGCAACGGUUUCGAUGUAUAAUUGAUUGUGAUUUAUAUCCUGACGAAUGUAUCAGUGAGCGGCUAUUCAAAACUGCUGCCGAUGUGAUAGCAUCGGAAGGAUACAAAGACGUUGGCUAUGAGUACGUGAUCAUUGACGACUGUUGGCUGGAAUCUGAACGUGAUAAUGUAACGAAGGAGUUAGUACCGGAUCGCAAACGUUUCCCCAAUGGAAUGAAGGCAUUAGCUGACUAUGUUCAUUCGAAAGGUCUAAAAUUUGGCAUUUACGAAAACUACGGAGCAAAGACGUGUGAAGGAUAUCCGGGCAUCAUCGACCACAUGGAACUAGAUGCUAAAACGUUCGCCAAAUGGGAUGUGGACUACAUUAAGGUAGACGGAUGUUAUGCGGACUACCUUGAUUAUGACGUCGGCUAUCCCGAAUUUGGUCGUUUGCUGAAUAAAACCGGCCGUCCGAUGGUGUACUCUUGCAGUUGGCCGGUGUAUCAGGAAAUAAAAGGAUUGACGCCAGACUACGAAGCAUUGAAGCAACAUUGUAACUUGUGGCGUAAUUGGAAGGAUAUCCAGGAUUCAUAUGAGUCGCUGCGUAACAUUACCGAAUAUUUUGCUGUGAAUCAAUCACGCAUACAACCGCAUGCUGGGCGAGGUCAUUGGAAUGAUGCUGACAUGCUACUGAUCGGAAAUUAUGGCUUGAGUAUCGAUCAAAGUAAAACACAAAUGGCCAUUUGGGCGGUUAUAGCGUCGCCACUCAUCAUGUCGAACGAUUUGAAAAAUAUCCGGCCGGAAUUCAAGGAAAUCUUGUUGAACAAGGAAGUGAUUGAUGUCAGUCAAGACGAAUUGGGUGUACAAGGGAUACGUAAGCGGUUCGAAGCCAGAAUUGAGACAUGGAUGCGCCCAAUAAAACCGAUAGUCAACGGUGAACUUUCGUACGCGAUAGCAUGGUCAAGCAAACGAAUCGACGGGGCACCGUUUACAGUGUCCGCUAACGUCGGAAGUUUGAAACUCACCAACGCAAAUGGGUAUCGUGUCACGGAUUUGUUCAACAAAAAUCGCUUUGUUAUGGACAUUUUGCCGGCGCAAAAUAUCACAGUUCGCGUUAAUCCGUCGGGUGUCGUCUUUUAUAAAUUUACAGCAAAAUAAAAACAGAAAUGUUGUUGGUGCGACAAUAUGAAGACAUUUUUUCUAUUACAAACAAUAAAAUUCUGAAAAUUA